AUGUCCUCUCCAAAUCAGCAGGGCACCACGGUCCAUGAAAAAGACUCAGAGGUAGCUCUCAAUGUUGAUAUUGAAGAGCAAAGCCAUGAAUCGAUUGAAACUCCAGAGAAAUUUGCCGAUGAAUCUAAUGAAGCUUAUUCUGUAGAGUCUUUAGGUUCUGAAGAAUUUGAAAAGUCUCGAGGAGUUAGAAGAAUCGAGAAUGUGAAGACUAUGAUGUUUACAGCUAAAAAUGGAAAGACUAUCAUGGUAACCUUCUGCUUCACCCUUCUUGUUAUCGCUUUCGUCUAUUCCUUGGAUGCCUCUAUAACUGACAACUAUGCUGUACCCGCUACCUCUAGUUUCAGCAGACUCUCGAUGAUUUCAAAUGUCAGAUUUGCUCUUCUUUUUCAUGAGGAACAAGUAAUUGCCCAAGAGGUGAGACUCUACAUCGGUCAAAUCAUCAAGCAGACUGAUUGA